AUGCCUCUUCCCACUGGUGUAUACCGUGCCGACCACGUUGGCUCCUUCCUCCGCCCCAAAGCCGUCCUUGAAGCACGUACAAAAGCUGCCAACGGAGAGAUUACCGCGGACGAACUCCGCAAAGUCGAAGACGAACAUAUCAACAACGUCGCAAAGCAGCAGAUAGAAAAUGGACUCCGAUCUGUAACCGACGGCGAGUUCCGUCGCGCCUACUUCCACCUCGACUUCCUCAAGCACCUCGCUGGCAUCGAGGAGAAGGGUCAGGUAGGAAACAUCAGGCACAAGGAUGGCUUUUCGCCCCCAACACUGGUGGUCAAAGGAAAGCUGGGUCACCCCGAGGCGAUUCAAGUCAAGGACUUCGAGUUCCUCGAGCAAGCGAUCAAGAACAAUGGCGGAAACGCGAGCACAAAAGUGUGCAUACCAUCACCAACCAUGGUGCACUUCCGCGGCGGUCGCGCUUCAAUCGACAUCUCCGCAUACCCCGACCUAGACGUCUUCUUCGAAGACCUCGCGCGCGUAUACCAAGAAGAGCUAGACAGCUUGUACAAGGCUGGCUGCCGCUUCGUCCAACUCGACGACACGAACCUCGCCUAUCUCUGCGACCCCGACAUGCGCAAAGCCGCCGAGCAAGAACGCAAUGAAGACCUCAGCACCCUGCCCCGCAAAUACGCCGAGCUCAUCAACAAAGCCAUCGAGAAGCGACCUUCAGACAUGAAGAUCGGCAUCCAUCUCUGCCGCGGCAACUAUCGCUCCAAGUGGUUUGCCUCCGGUGGCUACGAGCCCGUCUCCGAGGUUCUCUUCAAGGAACUGAACGUCGACGCGUAUUUCCUCGAGUACGACGAUGCGCGAUCUGGCGACUUCUCUCCAUUGCGCCAUCUGCCGGAACAUAAGGUUGUUGUGCUCGGUGUUAUGAGUAGUAAGAAGAAUACUCUGGAUGACAAGGAUGAAAUCAUCCAGAGGCUACAUGAGGCGGCGAAGAUUGCGCCAAAGGGUCUGGACCAGCUGUGUGUGAGCCACCAGUGUGGUUUCAGCUCCACGGCUGAGGGCAACGAGUUGACAGAAGAAGAGCAGUGGGCCAAGGUUAGACUGAGUGUCGAGAUCGCUAAGCAGGUCUGGGGUGAUGAUAUCAGCAAGUAA